AUGUUUUUCGAGAAGAAAGAUGCCCAAAAAUUUGAGGCCCGAAAACUACAACGACGAAAGGGUAACUUGGCCGAGUGGUUAUGGCGCCAGUUUCAGGCUGACCUGAUUCAACUAUCUUACUGGUUCGAAAGAGCGAGGGUUCGAAUCCCUCAGUUAUCACAUUUCCGCAAUCGUUUUGUCGUUUUCAUUUUGGACGUUAGAUAG